GGGAGGCCGGUCCGGCCGGGGGCGGCUGCGCAGUGCGGCGCCGGGCUGGAGGCAGUUAACCGUCGCGGCGUCCGCCGCCAGGGAGUGUCUCCCCCUGCGGGAUGUUCUCCAGAAGGAGCCAUGCUGAUGUCAAGAAAUCUACACAGAAAGCUCUGGACCCAAAGAAGGACGUCCUGACCCGCCUCAAGCACCUCAAAGCGCUGCUGGAUAUUGUGGAUGGAAGUGACCUGAAGCAAUUUUUUGAGAUCAACUAUUCUCAGAUUUACUUUAUCUUCUAUGAAAAUUUCAUAACACUGGAAAAUAGCUUGAAACAAAAAGGGAAUAAAUCACAAAGGGAGGAGCUGGACUCCAUUCUGUUUCUUUUUGAAAAAAUAUUACAACUGCUACCUGAGAGGAUAUUUUAUCGAUGGCAUUUCCACAGUAUAGGGUCAGUUUUGAAGAAGCUUUUGCACACUGGAAACUCUAUUAAGAUAAGAUGUGAAGGAAUCCGACUAUUUCUUCUUUGGCUUCAGGCACUUCAGACAAACUCUACAGAGGAGCAAGUGUUAAUUUUUGCAUGUCUAGUGCCUGGUUUUCCAGUGAUCAUGUCAUCAAGAGGUCCCUGUACACUGGAUACACUCAUUAGCCCUACUCCUAAUUUGCCUGAUGCAAAGAUUUAUCCUGAAGAAAUAACUCCACUUCUGCCAGCUGUCUCUGGUGAAAAGGUUGCUGAGGACCAAACCUGCUAUUUUCUUCAGAUAUUGUUAAAGUAUAUGGUAAUCCAGGCUGCAAGCUUAGAGUGGAAGAAUAAGGAGAACCAAGACACUGGUUUUAAGUUUCUCUUCGCCUUGUUUAGAAAGUAUUAUCUUCCUCACUUGUUUCCAUCUUUUACAAAACUAACCAACCUCUACAAACCUGUGCUUGAUAUUCCUGACUUGAGGCCAAAACCAGCGUACAUUACCGCAAUUCGGAAUAAUGAAAACAUCUACAGCACGAAAAUCCCAUUCAUGGCUGCUCGUGUUGUUUUUAUUAAAUGGCUUGUAACCUUCUUUCUCGAAAAGAAGUACUUAACUUCGAUGCAGAAUACUAAAAAUGGAGGAGAAAUGCUGCCUAAAAUCAUUCAGACGGUUGGUGGUACAACUCAAGAUAAAAACCCCGAGUUGGAAACUAGUGUGUUAUCAGAGCAAGAGAAAAAUCAUUCCAAUAGCAGCACUUUGUCUGAUAGGAGACUCAGUAACUCUAGCCUUUGCAGCAUCGAAGAACAACAUCGGACAGUGUAUGAGAUGGUACAGAGAAUUCUGUUGUCCACUCGAGGUUACGUCAAUUUUGUUAAUGAAGUAUUUCGCCAGGCUUUUUUGUUGCCUUCCUCUGAUAUAUCUGCAACACGGAAAGUGGUUAAGGUAUAUAGAAAGUGGAUAUUGCAAGACAAGCCUGUGUUCAUGGAAGAACCAGAUAAACAAGAAAAUAUUCAAGAUAAUGUGUCCAACUUGGAACAUACAGAGACAGAUUGCAAACAUCUUACUUCUGGUCAUUCUGGACAUAAAAGAUCUUCCAGUUGGGGAAGAACUUACUCCUUCUCUAAUGCUGUUAGCAGAGGAUGUAUACUAGAAGAUGAAGACAAGAACAUUAAGGCUGGUGCUCAGGCUGCAUUACAGGUGUUUUUGACGAACUCUGCAAACGUUUUUUUAUUGGAACCAUGUGCUGAAGUCCCUGUUCUCCUGAAGGAACAAGUUGAUGCUUGCAAAGCAGUUCUGAGUAUUUUUAGGCACAUGAUAAUGGAACUUUCAAUGAAUAAAAAGACAUGGGAACAGAUGUUACAAAUACUCCUGCGAAUAACAGAAGGUGUCAUGCAGAAGCCAAAGGAUAACCAAGUAAAAGAUGUGUUUGCUCAAAGCUUGGCAGGAUUACUUUUCAGGACUCUUAUUGUGGCUUGGAUCCGAGCAAAUCUGAGUGUUUACAUUUCUCGAGAACUCUGGGAUGAGCUGCUCAGCAUACUGUCUUCCCUUACUGACUGGGAAGAGCUGAUAACUGAAUGGGCCAAAAUCAUGGAUUCUCUAACGGCAGUGUUAGCAAGAAUCGUGUAUGGAGUUGAAAUGACAAACUUACCACUGGAUAAACUAAGUGAGCAAAAGGAAAAAAAACAAAGAGGCAAAGGUGGCAUCUCAGAUCCUCAAAAGGCAACUACAGUGGGACGAUCAUUUUCAUUAAGUUGGAGAAGUCAUCCUGAAGUUGUGGAACCAAUGAGAUUCAGGAGUGCUACCACCUCUGGAGCACCAGGAGUUGAGAAAGCAAGAAACAUAGUCCGACAAAGAGCAACAGAAGUUGAAGAAGCUCAGCAAUCAGAAAAUACAACAGGAGCAGAGUCUAGUGGCCUCUUUGCAGACCAGGACCAACAACUAACUCGAAGCAGUAGCACUUCAGACGUUACAGACCAAUUUAGUUCUGAUUUUUUUCAAGAUAAAAAGACUGAGAGUUCACAGAAUUUAAAUAGUUCGGAUUCCAAAUCCAUUCAAGACAAGAAGGGAUAUAUGAAGAAAGAAAAUGAAGCCCAACACGUUUUAAUACGAAGGAGCAGCAGUCCAGCUGAAUUAGAUUUGAAAGCAGACUUGCAGCAGUCACAUGGAAAUCAUACAGAAAGAGAAAUGAGUGAAAGUGUUAGCAGUGACACAUUCAUUGGCUACAAUAAUGAAGUAGAGAUCACCCUGGUCCCCUGGCAAACAUGUGAAGAAGAACAUGAAGUUAAUAUACCAACAGAUGUCUGUAUAGACGCAGAUGCUCGUCAUUGGCUGCAGCUUAGUCCUUCAGAUGCUGCAAAUUUAACAGACAGUAGCGAGUUCCUUGCUGAUGACUGCAGUAUAAUUGCUGGUGGAAACCUCAUAGGUUGGCAUCCUGAUUCAGCUGCUGUAUUAUGGAGAAGGAUCUUGGGAAUUCUUGGGGAUGUGAACAAUAUCCAGUCUCCUAAAAUUCAUGCCAAAGUUUUUGGGUAUCUCUAUGAACUAUGGUACAAACUGGCAAAGAUAAGGGACAAUCUUGCUAUAAGUUUGGACAACCAGUCCACACCCUCUCCUCCUGUUUUAAUUCCACCUCUCAGAAUAUUUGCAUCAUGGUUGUUCAAGGCAACAACCUUGCCAAAUGAAUAUAAAGAAGGCAAACUUCAAGCAUACAGGUUGAUCUGUGCUAUGAUGACUAGGCGCCAAGAUGUUUUGCCAAAUUCUGAUUUCCUAGUGCAUUUUUAUCUCGUGAUGCACAUUGGCUUAACUAGUGAAGAUCAGGAUAUUUUAAAUACCGUCAUAAAACACUGCCCAUCUUGCUUUUUCUUCUUGGGUUUACCUGGUUUUACAAUGCUGAUAGGAGACUUCAUCACAGCUGCAGCCAGAGUCCUUAGUACAGACAUGUUGGAGGCCCCUCGCUCAGAAGCUCAUACCAUUCUUGGUUCUCUUGUUUGCUUUCCAAAUAUCUACCAAGAAAUCCCUCUAUUACAGCCCAUCCCUGAAACUGAUGAAAUCAUCACAGGAGCUGCAGAUGUUAAAUGUUACCUCAUAAAUAUUCUAUUGAAGAAUGCCACAGAUGAGCCCAGUGAAGCUGCAAGGUGUAUAGCUGUUUGCUGCCUUGGAGUUUGGAUAUGUGAAGAACUAGUACAGUGCACAAACCAUCCUCAAGUGAAGGAUGCAAUAAAUGUUAUAGGUGUAACACUAAAGUUUUCUAAUAAACUGGUAGCUCAGAUAGCCUGUGAUGUUCUUCAACUGCUAGUUUCUUAUUGGGAAAAGCUUCAGAAGUAUGAAUCCUCUCUAUCCAGGAAAAUUACUGAAAUUCUCGUGGCCACCAUUGCAUUUCUUUUGCCAAGUGCUGAAUACUCCUCUGCAGAAACAGAUAAAAAGUUUAUAGUUUCUUUAUUACUUUGCUUGUUGGAUUGGUGCAUGGCACUACCAAUGAAAACCUUGCUAGAGCCAGUAUCUACUGUUCUGGAAGAUCAACAUUCCUCUGAAGCUCCCUUACUGGAUUACAUAUAUAGGGUGUUGCAUUGUUGUGUUUAUGGCUCAAGCACAUAUACGCAGCAAAGCCAUUACAUACUGAGCCUUGCAGAUCUCUCAUCUAAUGACUAUGAUCCAUUUUUGCCAUUGGGAAAUGUCAAGAAUUCUGAGCCAGCACACUCCCAUUCCACCCCAGAUUUGGGAAAUCUACUCACUGUUGUUGAGGAAAAAAGAAGAAGAAGCUUGGAAUUAAUACCUCUAACUGCCCGGAUGGUUAUGACACAUCUAGUAAACCACUUAAGUCACUAUCCCCUCAGUGGAGGACCUGCCAUUCUUCACAGCCUUAUUAGUGAGAAUCAUGACAACUUUUAUGUGGAAUCUUCUGAGCUGUCUUCAGAAGUCUUCAGAAGUCCAAACUUGCAGUUAUUUGUAUUUAAUGACAGUACUCUUAUAUCUUACCUUCAAAUUCCUGCAGAAACAACCGUGGAUACUGAGCCAGCAGGAGCCCUCUCAGAUGUAAGAGUAAUUGUCAGAGAUAUCUCAGGGAAAUAUUCUUGGGAUGGCACAAUAUUAUACGGACCUUUGGAAGGCUGUCUAGCACGUCAGACUGGAAAUAAUUCAUUUGUGGUUUCGGGCAGUCAUGAAGGGCAAUUUGAGGCCCAGAGAGAGUUCUCUCAAACAGAAGAAGGAGAGGAUGCUCUUGACGAAUUGCUAGAAAAGAUUGGUAAUAUUAGUCCUGAAUGCCUUUUACAUCCACAGCUAAAAUUAAAUGAGCCAUCACCACCACCAUUUGGUAUGAGCCAUGAUCAAGAGAAUGAGAUCAUAGAAGCCAUAAUAAGGCAGAGUGCCCAAGAAAAAGAGCAUGUACAUAAAUGCAGCUCCGAUUUUGAUAUGAAAGUAGCCAGUGAAGAAGAACCAAGUUCUGCUGAACCACAAGCACCAUUUUAUUUCUGUAGGCUGUUGCUAAACGACUUAGGAAUGAAUUCUUGGGAUAGAAGAAAAAGCUUUCAUCUACUUAAGAAAAAUUCUAAAUUAUUGAGAGAGUUGAAAAAUCUUGAUUCCCGUCAAUGCCGUGAAACUCACAAGAUUGCAGUGUUUUACAUUGCAGAAGGACAAGAGGACAAAUGCUCAAUAUUGUCCAAUGCAAGAGGAAGCCAAGCAUAUGAAGAUUUUGUUGCUGGAUUGGGCUGGGAGGUUGAUCUUUCAACACAUUGUGGAUUUAUGGGUGGUCUGCAACGUAAUGGCAGCACAGGACAAACAGCACCGUAUUAUGCUACCUCUACUGUGGAAGUCAUUUUUCAUGUUUCCACAAGAAUGCCGUCAGAUUCAGAUGAUUCACUGACCAAAAAGCUUCGUCACUUGGGAAAUGAUGAGGUUCACAUCGUCUGGUCUGAGCACACCAGGAACUACCGCAGGGGUAUUAUACCAACAGAUUUUGGAGAUGUUUUAAUUAUUAUUUAUCCAAUGAAGAAUCACAUGUUUUUCAUAGAGAUAAUGAAGAAACCAGAGGUCCCAUUUUUUGGUCCUCUCUUUGAUGGAGCAAUAGUGACUGCAAAACUGCUGCCAAGCCUUAUAUGUGCCACAUGCAUCAAUGCCAGCAGAGCUGUGAAAUCUCUCAUACCCCUCUACCAGAGCUUUUAUGAGGAAAGAGCUCUGUAUCUUGAAGCAAUAAUCCAGAAUCACAAAGAAGUAAUGACAUUUGAGGAUUUUGCAGCUCAGGUCUUUUCUCCCUCUCCUAGCUACUCUCUCAGUGGAACUGGCUGUCUCGCUAUGAGUGCGAGUGCUGAUCUUACUGUAACCACUGGAAUAGAGUUAGCAGAGCAGACCUCUCCAACACUACCCCAUGCCACCAAAAACAAAGCCUCUGGGAAACUUCGUCGCUCUGCUAGUGCUCUCAGCAAAUCUUCAAAUUAAAGCACUUUGGAAGGGGAAGCCCAUUCAAGGGAAUUUGAAAAACAAAAUCAGAAUAAAAUCAUUUACUGUAUCAAUGGAACAUUGCUACAUGCUUUGGAUGAGCACAUAAGGAAGUAACUUCCCUUAUGUUGCAAAACUUAAACUAUUGAUGGACAGCUAUCACUUGAUUUACCCAUCAUGCAUUACACUUGAUUAUUGUUGUCACCGAAAUAACUAUGUCAAAACUGGAUCUUUUUCAAUGUGUGAGGCAUUCAACUGAUGUGGGGUAAUUCACUUGUUUUCCCUUAAAAUCUGUAGAUGCAAGUACAGCUAUCACAGGAAGAGGAUGCAAAGCAAGUAUUGAAACCAGUUAUUUAAUUUACCUCCAUUGUGUUGAUCAUUUAAUCAUUCCAAUUAUAGUUUUAACACUUGUGUGUAUAUUAGCAAAUUUUGUCUAAAUGGAAAACAAGUUUUCAUUUAAUUAAACAUAUGAUGGACUUUU